CUUCUUCCUGCGCACAAAGAGAGCAGAAGCCGUGUAUGCGCACAAUGUGAGAGUCUCCGCUCAGAGGCAGCGCUGUCCUCUGUGCUUCUUGGCAGCAUCUUGUGGAAGUGCAGUUGGAGGAGGUCGCGGAACACUCUCGGCUCGGCGCGUAUCGUCCUCGGCCGGCAAAUGUACUUAUGAUUGUGGGAAUUUACCGAGAGCACAGCUUACUGUUAGUCCCUUCCAAGCGAGCAGAAUUAAGUGCAGAGCGCAAACACUGCUGGAGCAGAGGGCAUCCUCUCUUUUUUGUUCUUGCUUUUUAAGAGGACAGGAGUUACUGUGAAAAAAAGGAAAAUAAAGAAAAUGAAAUAACGUGUGUGAAACAACGCGUCUGACGGAUAGUGGGAUUACAAUCACAGCAGUUUAAUGAAGAGGAAAAAAUCUGCAUCCUAGGACAAAUUAAAACUCUUGUAUUCAAGCGAGAGCAUUCCAUUCACAAGCAAUUGGAUGAGAGUCUACUUAGCCCUCGGCAACUAAAGAUGAUGCUACCAUGGAAACAAAUUGUUCUGCUAUCAAUCACCGGAUGCCUUGCAGCCUGUACAGAGGAUGUCAUAUUUCAAGGGCCAAGAUGGAGGACGGAGCCAAGUGACCUCAUUUUACCAAUCAACUCCCCAGACCACCAGGCUACCAUUACGUGUGAGGCAGAGGGGAGCCCUCCUCCACAGUACAGAUGGUCACUAAACGGAACACUCAUUGAUCUUGGGAAUGACUACCGGCGUCACAUGUCUGGGGGCAGCCUGAUCAUUAGCAACCUGGACAAGGACCAAGACACCGGGGUGUACCAGUGCACAGCUUUCAACACGUGGGGGUCCAUACUCAGCCGCAGAGCCAGCCUUCAAUUUGCAUACCUGGAUAACUUCAAAACUCAAUCAGUGAGGAGUGCUGUCAAUGUGCGUGAAGGCCAAGGAGUGGUUCUUUUAUGUGGACCACCGCCACAUUCUGGAGAGCUGACAUUUGCGUGGAUCUUCAAUGAAUACCCUCACUUUGUCCAACAAGACAGUCGGAGAUUCAUCUCUCAAGAGACAGGAAGCCUGUACAUCGCCAAAGUGGAGCGCUCAGAUGUGGGCAACUACACCUGUGUGGUUAACAACACUGUCACAAGGGAGAAGAUCCUCAGCUCUCCCACACCACUGGUCCUCAGAAGCGAUGGAGUAAUGGGUGAAUAUGAACCCAAAAUAGAAGUCCAUUUUCCUGAUUCAGUUCCAGCAGCGAAAGAAUCAGCGGUGAAACUGGAAUGCUUCGCUUUGGGAAACCCCGUCCCAGAAAUAAGCUGGAGGAGAACGAGCGGCGUCCCUUUCCCCAGCAAAGUCAAAAUGAAGAAUUCAAAUGCCGUCCUGGAAAUCCCUAAUUUCCAGCAGGAGGAUGCGGGGACGUACGAGUGCAUGGCGGAGAAUCGCAGAGGCAAAAAUGCUGCACGGGGCCGUAUUUCAUUCCACGCUAAACCUCACUGGCUCCAGACGAUGGCGGACACAGCUCUUUCCAUAGAGGGAAACCUCUUCUGGGAAUGUAAGGCCAAUGGAAAGCCUAAACCAUCCUACAGCUGGUUGAAGAAUGGGGAGCAAGUGAUGGCUGAUGGCCGUGGACAGAUUGAAAACGGGGCCCUUUCUAUAUCUUCGUUAAACCGUUCCGAUUCUGGGAUGUACCAGUGUGUGGCUGAAAACAAAUAUGGAAUUAUUUAUUCCAGUGCCCAGCUAAUGGUGUUAGCUUCACCUCCUACUUUCUCCAAAAGUCCGCUAAGGGCCUUGCUAAAAGCUCGCUCAGGCAGCGAAGUCACUCUUGAAUGCAAGCCUCAGGCCUCACCCCCAGCAAUUAGCUUGUGGAAGAAAGGGAAUGAAAUCCUGCAGAGAACUGAAAGGAUUGCUUUGCUUCCAGAUGGAACAUUAAAGAUUGCCAAUGUAACCAAACGGGAUGCAGCUAGCUACACGUGUAUCGCUAAGAAUCAGUUUGGGACGGCAAGCACAACAGGAAGACUGAUUGUCACUGAGCCCACCAGAAUCACCAUGAGGCCUACUAACAUGGAGAUUAUUGUUGGCGAGAGCAUCGUGUUACCCUGCCAGAUUGCCUCCGAUCCAGCUCUGGAUGUCUCUUUCUCGUGGGCAUUCAACGGCCAGCUCAUCGACUUCCAGCGAGACAGCGAUCAUUUUGAAAGAGUGGGUGGGAGCAUAUCAGGGGAUCUGAUGAUUCGUAACAUCCAGCUGAACCACGGUGGGAAAUAUGUCUGUGUUAUUGACACUGAUGUGGAAAGCCUGUCCACCUCUGCCAUUUUGGUCGUCAAAGGUCCCCCAGGUCCUCCGGACAAGGUAUCAGUGGAGGAAAUCACAGACAGUACAGCACAGUUAUCCUGGACUCCCGGAAGGGAUAACGGCAGCCCCAUCACCGGCUACAUCAUCCAGGCUCGAACUCCUUUUACCGUGGGCUGGCAGGCUGUAGACACAGUGCCAGAGGUGGUCAAUGGUAACAUGCUGACAGCCACGGUGGUGGGUCUGAAUGCGUGGGUGGAGCACGAGUUCAGGGUGGUGGCACGCAAUGCUGUAGGGCUUGGCGAGCCUAGCCCAGCCUCAGCCAAGACCAGGACGGAGGAUGCAAUUCCUGAUACAGCUCCCACUGAUGUUGGAGGUGGAGGCGGCACAAAGUCUGAAUUAGUGAUAACAUGGGAGCCUGUGCCCGAGGAACUGCAGAACGGAGAGGGCUUCGGCUACAUCAUCGCCUUCAGGCCUGUGGGCACGGUCACGUGGACGCGAGCGGUUAUCUCCACACCCGCGGCGCGUUACGUCUUCCGAAAUGACACCAUCCCACCCUUCUCGCCUUUUGACGUCAAAGUGGGGGCAUACAACAACCGAGGCGAGGGGCCCUUCAGCUCGAUCGCCGUCGUGUACUCGGCAGAGGAAGUCCCCAGUGUGGCUCCUAAGAGGGUUAGGGCUAGAAGUGUGUCUGCAGCACAAAUUGAAGUGAGCUGGGAAGCUCUUCCCACCAUCCCUGAAAGAGUGCUUGGAUAUGAGCUCAUGUACUGGGAAGAUGACACCAAGCCUGACACUAUUGGCAAAGUGCGCUUAUCUGGAAACUACACGCUGGUUAAUAUCACAGGGCUGAAAGCAAAUACGGCGUACUACCUGUCUGUGGCUGCUUUCAAUACGGCUGGCCCUGGGCCACAGUCCGUGCCCAUCAACAGCACCACAAAGAAACCACCUCCAGAUCGGCCUCCGCUCAACAUACAAUGGAACAUGAUUGGCUCCACACUUACGCUGCACUGGAACCCUGUAGUAGCCUUGGAGACAGAGUCAAAGGUCACUGGGUAUUUGGUGAUGCUGAAGAGACAUCGCUACAAUGACAUCCUUACUGUGUUGACCAACCGAACCACUGCUGAGCUCAGCCUCUCAGCCAACGACAACUAUCUCAUUCAGAUCAAAGCCGUGAGCGAGGGCGGCGAAGGUGUGGGAAGUGAGCCUAUCCACAUCCAUAAAUUAAGUAUGGGAGCGCGGGGCUCGGGCGCGAGUCACCUCAGCCCGCUGUGUCACUCUGCAGUCCUCAUCGUUGCUCUGCUCCAUCUGGUGAUCUUUAAUCACAGCCGAUGGAGUGCUCUCCCUCUCUCCCCCUCCAUCCCUUCAGUCAGCCUGUCCUAUGUUAACCCUCCACUGGACUGGCACAAGGCCCGGGUUUCAGCGGCUGGACUGGGGAAGGCUGGAAAAGACCGGACUGCGCCAAACUCUUAAAGAGACCGUGCCACUUCUUCUUAAAGGACCAUCAGAUAGAGAUGUGAUGAUUUGCGUGCAUGAAAUCUUUUGGUAUUUUUUCCAGUGUCAUAAGUGCCACCGUGCUUUAGGUUUCAUUUUAGAAGUUCUGAUGUCUACAUGACUUAUCUUAGUAUCUUUGGAGAUACUAAUGCCUUAAAACCGACUUUACAUAUAUAGUCCAUACCAAAGUAGGUAACAGAGGCUGCUUGUUUUACCCUAUAAGAAAAAAAUAAGUUAUCGUCUCAGCAAAUUGAUAUAAUAUAACGAUAGAUUGCAUCCAUACUUGAUCAUCUCACAAGUCAUUAAAACCACACUUAUCCAGUAUUUGUGCAGCCUUUUCGAACAAAAACAUCCAUUGCAGGCUUAAAGUUCUACAAGGUUUUGUCAAAUGUGUGAAAGAUGAAUAGCCAACUGAUCAACUGUGUCCAAAUCCCACUUAACCUGUGCACUAAAAUAAACUUAAGACUGUUCAAGAGCCAUAGGCUCCUGAGCUAAGUUCCCCCUCCCAGUACUCUGAUAGAUCGUGGCAUUUUGCUGUGUUUCAUGCUCCUCUAAAUAAUAAAUACCUAUCCACAUUUUCAGCCUAGCAGAAAAAAAAAGCCCAGAUUCCAGAGAAUAGAAACGUUUGGUAUUUCAAUGUCGAGCAGAUCCCAUGUGUACUGUUCCUCCUCUACAUUUAGACGACCUGUAUACUAGAUCAGUUCAUUGUAUCGAGAACAUGUACCAUCUACACCCCAGAUGACCAGCUGGCCCGGUGCACAGUGGACUUUGGGAUAACAGUGCCUUCGGUAGAGGUAUAUAAAUUUUUUUUUCCUCUUUCUUUCCUCUUCAGAGAGCUUAGAAGAGAGAUUCGUGUUGCAGCAGAGGUAUUGUUUGCUUUUCUUUUCUGCAGAAAUUAGUUAGAAAGGAUAGGAACCUCGGCAUGUAGAAGAACCCAUUAUCGGAAAUGGUAUGUUGAUUAAAUUUUCAUUGACACACCGGAGCAUCUACGACAAAAGGGGAUUGGAAGCUUUAGGAAAGCCGCAAUGGAUUGAGAUAUAUGACGGAAAUUCUGGUCUCAGUAUUUAUGGUCUGUGGUAUAAUAAAUGUAUGACUCCAUCCGUAGCAUAAUUUAUGGGCUAUUAAGGUAUCAGAAUAAUUGAUGCGAAUACCGUGGUGAAAGAGCCCUCACUGGAAAUAGAGCAAAAGGCAUGGCUGUCAUUUUACCCCCACCUCAUCGCUGUCGGUUGGACACAUACCAAGCUGAACAUUAACAAAGGAACAUUGCUGCUCUGCUGAGGGAGCUACUUUUCACGCCUUUUUAUCAUGUGGAUGAGUCUGUCAAAAGCCACCCAAGUAAAAGCCGAGGUGUGAUUGCUGGGGUCCUGACAAUGUUCACGUGGAAGGAUACAGUCAACCCAACUGCUACACAUUACUGUGCCUUUGCUGAACACGGGGCUGCGUACGGUUAUUAGCUAGAGACUGUCAUCGUCUGCAUUUUGCACUCUUUAUUCCCCCUCCCUCCCUAAAGUCCCCACCUCAAAGUCGAAUGAAAGCACAAGGAAUUGAUGCAAGGUGACUGGAUGUCCUCACUUAAAUGUCUGAGCAGGUGUGCGGACCCCAGCGGCCUCAUAAAAAAAGUCCGACAUAAUCAGGCUGUCCUAUCCGCUCCUUGACUGGUUUCAUAAAGCGCCGCGCUUGUUGAUUAGACUGCUGCAGACCAGUCAAUGGGAUAUUGAUUUUCCUGCCCCAUUAUUACAGCUGUCACAAUUCAGCUGCUUGAUUGACUGAUGGCCGUGUUCUUAUUGCACUUGUUGUGUUACAGUCAGUGAUGUUUCAGAUGUCCUCCACUACUUUUCUCCCUAUCGGAAGACUUCAAAGACAUUCUUUUUAUUUUCUGUUGUUGUUGUGUUUUUGGUUUGACUAGAAAUCACUGUAUUUGCUCCGCUUGUAGUGUACUUGUAGAUUGUGACUUUGAAUUGGAGCAGUGACCUGAAAUUGAUUAGCUGGUUUAUUCUUUUGAGUUGCACAUCAAAACAAACCCUGUCGUGCUCCAGCAGCAGUACUACUGUAUCUUUCUUUCCAAGAGCAGAAAGGCCCGGUCACACCAGCAUUUAAAACGGUGAAAUUUCAGUUCCAGAGCAGUUCAGGCUUGCUUUGAUCAGUGGAGUCACUUUUCUUGCCUUGAGUUAAACACGGGUGAAUUUUUGGUGGCGCUGACAUUGCUUACAGCAUAAGAAUCCAAAUAGAGGGAGCUAGCCUGGCUAAUUUACUCUGCUGCACUAUCAACUUUUAUUUAACUGCAGUAUGUUUAAGUGUAUCCUGCUCAACAAAAGAUCUGUUUCUGUGAGCUUCAGUGGUGCGAAACCUCUCUCUUGCAUAAACUGUGUGUCCUUAAUGUCCCAUUAUGACAGUACUAAUGACCUGGCAGUUUGCAAUCUAGCUAGCUAUUUUUUUUCCCCCGGGUUGGAGCUAAAUUGGAUGAGCCGGCUAAAUACGUUUGUGAUUUUAUCUGAUUUAAAGCAUAAAUGGAUUCAGCAGGCAUGUGCACCCACCAAGGCAAGGAAUGGUUUGUAAGAAUUGAGAAAAUAGUCCAAGAACCCACAGUAAAACCGAUGACAAUGCCUGGUUCGGCCGGCCAACUAUAAAAAUAUCACAACGACUGGAAUGAAAAGUAAUUAAUUUUCAUGUUGAAAAGAGCAUUAACCAUGAAAUAUUGGUGUUUUCCAGAUGUAUUUCAGGUGAAACUCUAUAUACUGUUUAAUCUAUAAGUGCUGUACAGUAUACAGAUACAUCUAUCUGUAUUCCAAUACUUAAAUAUGAUGGACAGUUUGCAGCUAUGUACUAAAGUAAAAUUUAAAAUAUUCUCCUAUGAAAAUGAGUUGGACCAAAGUAUCUGAAAUUAUAGUUCACGUACAAGAAGAAAGUGAGAGUCGUGGCAUUUUCCUUUGCACAUUUCGUGUUUUUGCAUAUUAUGCAUUUUGCUGCAUAAACUUUACAUGUAUAUCACAUGAUUUUUACUUUUGAGGUGCUGACCUUUUUUUUUCAUAGCUCUUCACUAGUCUGCUUUGAUUGUCAGGCAAGUCUUUAAUCAUAUAUGUCUCCCUCUGGAGCCAAUCUAGUGCCAAACCUUUUCUACCAUUUGGUAAGUCUUCACUGAGUGAAUUCUCGGAACAAGAUAACAGUGUGGAAUAAAUAACCCAGUAGACAGAAAGCAGAAGGAUUUAAGAGCCCUAGCUCGAGCGUGGUCCUAACUCCGCAGUAUGUCCAGUAUGCUGUGAUGCCUGUUUUAUGAAUUUGGUGUGCAGUUUUCUGGUGUGACCGGGCCUCAAAGCAGCUUGCGUGUUUCUGAGUGGUGUUAGUAUUUCCAUUAAUAUCCAAAUAAGGUAACCUCAUCGCCAGAUUGCAGGCUAAAAGGUUAUUAAUUUACAGUACGUAAUUAUGUGGCAGUUUCUCAAACUGCCUUUUAUUUACAUAGACGUAGUUGAGCCUAAUGUGUAACGUCUGCUCAUGUUCACAUAAGAAAAUUAAAGUAUUGUUUCUGACCUUGUGCUAUAAAAAAUACUACAAAGUACAAUCUGAAGAAAGUAAAUAAAGGGAUUAUUGGAGUGGCUGAAAUGUAUUGAACACAGAGCAACAACGUAUCUAUUUAUAUCCAUUCAGUCAUUUCGGUCAGUUUGGUUUUUUGUGGUUGUUGCUAGAAGUGCACCAGGUCCAGUGUAUAUAGCUUGCAUAUAUUUCUUUUUCAAAUAUGGCCAUCAAAGACAACCUUACUGCUUUUCUAUAGUGUGUUCUCUGACCUUAAUACUGGUGUAUUAAUCAUUGAUCUCUGUGAGAUACUGACAUGUAGAAUGGCAUUUUCAUAUUGAAAAGUAACUGUACUGUCUUGUAUACUAAAAUUGUGCAUGUUAAUCAUUGUUUGUGAAUUUGUGUUGAGUUUUUUUCUAAAGCUAUAAGUUAAUAAAAAUGUUUAUUCCAGCUGCUGGUGUUUUCUCUUGCUUUUAGCCAGUUACUAACAUACAAGGAGCUUUCUUUAAUUUGGAAUCCAAAACAAGGACCCCAGGGGGCCCCCGAGCCCUAAAGUGCUAGUGAAUGUUUGGUAAUUUGAUUGAUUGCAUAUUUGUAUGAGAAUUUGCUACAACAAAGUACAAUAACAACUAAAAGGUCUAUGUUAUUAGCUGAGCUAUUCCUGAGUGUUAUUAUUGUUGUUUAAAUUGUUCUCAGCUAAAUUAAGUUUUAACAGAAUUACCACAAACUGACUAACACCAAUAAAACCUGCAUGGAGCCGGGAUGUGUUUAUUCCAGCUGGGAUAUUGCUUAGUUUUUGAAUCUCAGGGCAAAUUAUGCAGUUGCAGUUGUCACUAUGUGCAAUGUGGAAUUUUGCACAACAGGGUGCUGUAAACACUGCAAAAAAAGGAAGCGCAAAAGGGGGUCAACAGGGACCACUGUGCAAAUAUUUGCCCCGAGCAUCCUACCAGGUUAAUCCAGCUAGGUUAAAUGAUAUGUAAGAAAUCCUUUUAACUGUGGAAAAAGGGAUAUUUUUCUAUAUCAAAAAUAGGCCUCCCCACAGAAUUGGGAUUUUGUCAGUAGAAUUGAAGGAGGCCACAUAUAAUGUCAGGCUGCCGUAAAGCUUUGUUGGAUUAAUGAGCCAGGGAGCACGUGUGUUGCCGUUGGCUGUUCAAAUCAAACUCAUUUAGCUUCACUUUAAACAGUGUGUGCAUAUUAAAGAAAAAGAUUAAAUUUACAGCAGUUAUGAAAUAACUCGCACCUCAUCUGAGCGAGACUUGGCAGUUUCUAAUGUUAUAGCGAUAUUUGCUGUUUGUAAAACAUUCUGUAGUUUGUGCUGACAGUUUGUAGUUAUAUUUCUUUUUGGUUGCUAAAGCAUUUAUUUUGCCGAUGGUAAGUUUUACUGUUCAGCCCAAGUGCGUACUGAUAAGUGGUGUGUGGUAAAGUUUUUCUUUUUUUUCCUUCCAGCAAACCGUACACGUUUGGACACCUGUUACACUGAAACUAAAUUGUAUCCAGAUGCUUUAUAGCUGAUUAAAGUAGCUUGAUCAUUGCUAUCACCGUGCACUUCACAUUGCCUUCAGCUGCUUGUAAUGUUCUUAUAUGCUCAGGUUGCUACAACACUGGACCUACAUCACGCAGGUUCCUUAGGGGGAAAGGGUCAGCUGAUAACAAGAACAGGCUGUCAGAACAAACCACAUUUGAGCUUUACUCUUCAAUCAUCAGUUGUGAUAUCCAUAAACAAGCCUGCACUCUCCCAUAGGUCAAAGCUGUUAUUAUGAGCUACAGUCACAUUCUGAAGUUAAUCGACUUCUCACUGUCGUGUGAAGGAGUGCAUCUCUGGCGUCAGACUCGUAUAAGUUGUUUCAGGAACUCUUCUAUGGGUCAGUUCAGACUGAAUGGCUAAUAUGAUCACUUAGUUGAAGACUUGUCGAGACAAAGCGACAAGCUCGCCAUGAAGAAUCCGAGGCGUUCGAUUGAGGCGUCAAGACUUUGACUUACAGGGGUCGGCCCUAAUCAAUACUUAUCACAAUAUGGCAAAUGAAUCCUUGAUAACAGCAUUUCAGCUAAAAGGCUAAUGAUUUAGUGCCAUGCAAAACAAACAUUUGGAAACACAAGAACUCCAACUAAAUUUACUCUAAAACUAAAGAUAUGUUAUUAAAUGCAAGGAAAUUAAAGAGAGUUACACAUUAGGAAUCUUUCUAGUCAUAAAAUAAAAUUUUAUGACCCAGUUUUAAUCCCAGGCCCUACAUUUGUAGCACAAAAAGACAUAUA